AUGUUUCAAAAACUUUUCCAAAGACGAAUAUGGAAAAUAUCGACUAUUUCCGCGGGAAUGAAAUGCACGUUUCUUCAUUCGCAAAUUUCACUGGGAAAACUCCUCGAUGGACACAAAAAUUGUUCCACGAUUUAUGCGCUUUCCUCUGGAUAUGGCAAAUGUGGAGUAGCAGUAAUUCGAAUAUCUGGUCCAGAUGCAUCAGUAGCUUUACGUAAAAUGACUAAAAUGUCCAAUCUGAAACCCAGGCAAGCUGUUUUAAGAAAAAUUCGUGAUCCAGAAACAACAGAGAUUCUAGAUAAAGGCCUUUGCCUUUGGUUUCCAGAACCUAAUUCAUUUACUGGAGAGGACUGUGUAGAAUUUCACGUACAUGGAGGUCCUGCAGUUGUGGCAUCAAUCCUCAAUGCACUCUCAAAGUUGCACUUUCGGCUAGCACUCGCUGGAGAAUUCACCAAAAGAGCUUUUUUCAAUGGGAAAUUGGAUUUAACGGAAGCAGAAGGUAUAGGAGAUCUAAUCGAAGCAGAAACUGAGAAACAACGCAAACAGGCCUCCAAUCAAGCUAGUGGUUCCCUUCGUCGACUCUACGACUCUUGGCGAAUUACCCUUUUAAAUUGUCUUGCUGGUUUGGAAGCUUAUAUUGAUUUCUCUGAGGAGCACAGUUUAGAGUCUAAUAUUUUAGAAGAUUCCAAAACCACAUUGAAAAAAUUACUUAUAGAAAUGCAGCAACAUCUGUCUGAUGGAAGGAAAGGAGAAAUUUUGCGUACUGGAGUACGCGUGGUGAUUCUUGGAGAACCUAAUGUAGGAAAAAGCAGUCUUUUGAAUCUUCUUUCUAAACAAGACGCUGCUAUUGUCACAUCUAUGCCAGGAACAACUAGGGAUGUUAUAGAAUUAACAACGAAUAUAUGUGGUUACCCAAUGAUUCUUGCAGAUACAGCAGGAAUCAGAAAUGAUCCAGAAAAUGAAAUAGAAGUAGAAGGUAUUAGAAGAGCAAAAGAAUGUACAAAGAGAGCAGACCUCGUUAUAUGUAUGAUAAAUGCAAAGAAAAGUUUUGAAAGUUCUUUUGAAGAAUUUUUAGAAAAUUAUAAGAAUUUUCUAGAAAUAAAGGCAAAGAAAAUUCUUGUUGUAGUAAAUAAAGUGGAUUUGGUUAAGGAGAAAGAAAAAGAGAAAUGGAAGAAGCAAGAUAUUGUUACGGUCUCAUGUAAAACACAGGAAGGCUUAAAACAACUUAUACAUAAAUUAACACAGUGUUUGGAGGAAAUAUGUGGUGAUCCCUCAGAGGAAAAUCCUGUGAUAAGUCAUGCGAGAUAUAGAAAUCAUUUAUUGCUUGUUACAGAAUAUCUUAAAGGAUAUCUAGAAAAGACAGAAAUUCAGAAUUAUGACAUAGCCAUAUCCUUGCAAGAUAUCAGAGGUGCAGCAAGGGAACUUGGGAAAAUAACAGGUUCUAUUAGCAAUGAGGAGGUUCUCGAUAUUAUAUUUAAACAAUUUUGCGUUGGAAAAUAAAAAUCAUUGGAAAGAAAGUGCGGUUAAUUGUAAUAUUAACAGAAAAAGGAAAGUACAGUCAUAAAUUCCAUUAUAAUAAUUUAUUUAACUAUAAAUUAUAGCAUUUGUUUCUAUCAUAAUAAACAAAAAUAAGAAAA